UUCCUGUUUCCCUGAAAUACUCCGUUGCCGAGAGAAGCACCGAGCUAGGAAUGAUUCUGGGAUUCAAACCAAGCCCAUCUUCGAAACGGUCCGUUUUGAUUUCUGCGUUUCGGCUCCCAAUCCGUACUCUAACGUUCUUCCACCAGUCGCCGCUGAUGAGUUUUCCAUUGAAUUGAGCCUCAAGUUCCGCGUCAAUUUGCAAGUUUCGGCGUUUCUUGUUCUUUUUAUCUUCUUCAAGAUCGUCGAUCUGUUUGUUAGGAGGGGGAUCUUGGAGCUUCGGAUCUGAGGAUUUUUUAUUUUUUUGACUUUUUGUGCCUGGAGCUAGGAGAGAGAGAUACAGUGGUUGUUAUAAACGAUGCCGUCUCACGCGGAUCUGGACCGUCAGAUUGAGCAGCUGAUGCAGUGCAAGCCUUUGUCGGAGGCGGAGGUGAAGACACUGUGCGAUCAGGCGAGGGCGAUACUGGUGGAGGAAUGGAACGUGCAACCGGUGAAAUGCCCUGUAACGGUGUGUGGGGAUAUUCACGGCCAGUUUUAUGAUCUCAUCGAGUUGUUUCGGAUAGGAGGUAGUGCUCCGGAUACCAAUUACCUCUUUAUGGGCGACUAUGUGGAUCGUGGCUACUAUUCUGUGGAGACUGUUACACUUUUGGUGGCCUUAAAAGUUCGCUACAGAGACAGAAUCACAAUUCUUAGGGGAAAUCAUGAGAGCCGUCAAAUUACGCAAGUGUAUGGCUUUUAUGAUGAAUGCUUGAGAAAAUAUGGAAAUGCCAAUGUCUGGAAAUACUUCACGGACUUAUUUGAUUAUUGCCUCUGACUGCCCUUAUUGAGAGUCAGAUUUUCUGUUUGCAUGGAGGCCUUUCACCUUCUUUGGAUACACUAGAUAAUAUUCGGUCCCUGGAUCGCAUUCAGGAGGUAUG